AUGUGGCGCGCUUUCUUGAAUCGGCUCCCGACGAAGACAACGUUGAUUAAAAGAAAUAUUCAUGUGGAGAAUGAUGUUUGCGCCUGGUGCGAAGAAGGGGAAGAAUCAAUUGAUCAUAUUAUAACAGGUUGUAGCGUUUCUGCAGGCGUUUGGCAUAGCAUUUCUGUUUGGUGUCGGAUCCCAGAGAUCUACGAUUUUAGUGUGAAGGAUGUUGCUGUUCUACACGAGUUCUGUGCAGCUGACGGUCAUAAGAAAAGCCUGCUGCAGGGUAUCUUCAUUAUCGCCAGCUGGAGGUUAUGGAGGGCCAGAAACGAGAAGUUGUUUUCUAGAACGAACUCGACUGUGGCGGACAUUGUUGCGGAUGUUAAGUCGUUUGCUUUCUUGUGGUAUAAACAUAUAUUUAAAGAUGAAAUUGUAGAUGGGAGAGAUGGCGUUCUUUUGAUGUAA